UAUAAAGUGACAGCUAGAAUUGUUUUAUAUGAGCAAUUUCUAAUGUAAUGUCAUGGAAGAUUGUAAUUCAUUUGUGUUUAUACAUGGAUGUGAUCUUGCAACAAAUGUAUUUCAAAGAUAAGUCGGAAUACUUUCAAAAUGCAAUUGUGCAGUUAUUCUUUAAUGGAUAAUGUAGUUCGAAAAAGAACUACCUGUUGUGUGCAACAAAUCAAUACCCAAACAUGGUUAGCACUAAAGCGUGAUAUUAGAAGCAAACACCAACAAUCUACAUAAACAUAAAUAUUCUGGAGAGAUAAGAAAGUGCUGUUUAAAUAAACGGGUAAAAUACGAAGUUACAUGCAUGACAGGAAUAGGAGACGUAGGUCGCAGACGCGUUGAGUGGCGCCGUAGCGCAAACACAACUUUUUCCUGUCAUUGAGCUAACACAAUCAGUGGAGUAUAUAGAAGCAAGCUUAGAUAAGCUGAAAAGGUGGCUAGACGCUGCCCAGAGUAAAGAGGGGCUGCGUGGGCAUGCAGCAGCCUCAGUCACGCCCUCUUCUCGGGGACUCAGUAUCCUCUACAACUUCCCCGACUGCUCGGCGUAACAAUCCUGUUGCUGUUUUGACACAUCAACAAUUACAACAAUUGCAACAACUGCAGGCUCAAAAUUCGAGUGGUCAGUCUUUGACAUUUGCAUUGCAACAAACAUCAAAUAAUCCACAAGACCAAGGAAAUGGGUCAACGACUGGAAAUCACAUAGUAUAUGUAAACCAGUUAAACCAUUUAAAUCAGGGAACCAUAAAUCCCUCGGGGACUGGUAUGGGCCUACCCCCGGCCACCCCCACUUUUGGGGUGGGCCUUAAUAUGGGAUUGCCACUAUCACUUCUAAAUACCAGCCUUACAUCCCUCACAUCUAAUGUUAUCACUACAUCAAAUCCUCUGCUCAAUUUGGGCCUGCCAAGUAUAAAUACAGGACUAACUACAAUAAAUCCUAGCCUCAAUCAGUUGAAUGCUAUAAACUCCAAUUUAACCUCGAAUAUUGGUUCAAACAGUAUUAAUAAUGGUUUAUCUGGUUUGGGACAAGAUCUAAAUAAUAUAAAUACUGGAAUUAAUAGACUCAAUACGUUAAAUUCAACGAAUAUAAAUUCUGGAUUAUCAAAUGUUAAUACUGGAAUUACUAAUGUAAAUCCAAAUUUGACAAGUUUAAACUCAAAUGUAAACCAGAACCUGACCAGUUUAAGCACAAACUUUACUUCUUCAAGUUCUGGCGUAUCUGGUUUAACUGCUAUCAAUCCAAAUAUAAAUGCAAAUUUGAGUACUACCAGUAUAAAUUCUGGUGUAAAUCAAGGUCUCAAUCGACCUGUUAAUGCUUUAACAACUGGAUUGACUCAAACUAGUCUGAAUUCCAACAGUACGCAAUUUCCAUUCCAAGCCAUACAAAGUAUACAAAGUAUUGCACCACACAUUGUUGGAUCAAAUAUUGCACAUGUACCAAGUUCUGCCAUAUCGCAGCACCCAAAUUCAAACGUAUCUACUAUUUCACAAAUAUCGAAUACUGGUACCUUAACAAGUUCCAGUAUAUUCACAAGCACUUCUAGUGAACCAAUUCAUUCGACCACAGCAAAUGUGAAUCACGCCUCGAACGUGAAUCUCACUACAAAUAUUCCACAUCUUGGUACAAUGCACUCGAAUUUAUCUAAUGUACCAACAUCUAAUGUACAGCAUAUAUCUGCAUCAAAUGAGCCGAAUAUGUCACUGAGUCAUAAUUCUUCUUUAAGUUCCUCUCAAUCAACUGGAUUUCAACCUCAGCGACAGUAUUCACAGGGAAUUAAUCCUGGCUUAAGUUCGUCGGUUACAUUAACGGGCUCGUCUCAGCCAUCAAAUGUGGUCAGUACGAUAAAUACUGUAAAAUCUAUGCAAAACAUUCAGAGUCAAAAUAUUAGUUCUCCAAGCAGUCCAUUUUCAAUACCACUGAAGAGUCCAGCGUCUAAUAUUGCACCACCCACGCCAAGCCCUAGUCCUAAUAGGCUGUUACUUAGAAGUCCAGCAUCAAAUUCAAUACAAUCGAACAGAAAUAGUCCAAGUCCUGUUGGAACAUCAACCUCAAAUAAUAAUUUUAAUAUACAAAUGCAAAGUCCAAUGCAGAGUCCAAUGAGUGUUAGUCAAAUACAGAGUCCUGUACUUAGUCCAUAUCCUCCUGCAAAAAGUCCUCAUCUAUUAAGUGGAAAUAACUCUCUAAACAACAGAAGUCCAGCACCUGGUGGAAGUCCUGGUCCACCUGUGGUUAGACCUAAUACGCCAAUACUGCAACAAGGUAUGCAAGUAUUGCAAAUAAUUCAUGGUGCACCACAGGGGUAUCAAUCAACACCAACACAGUUGGUAACUAGAACGCAUCUUUUUGGAAAUCAACAAAUUCAAAUAGCAACAAGUAAACCUGCAAAACAACCGCCGCAAAUUCUACCAAAACCUCCUAAUCAACAAGCCACUGGAUCACAACAAAAGCAACAACGCGUUACUACCACGAUCACAAAUCAAGUGACUCAACAAACUCAACCGCAGUUAGUACUUGCUGGACCUCAACCAAAUCCCACAACAGCUACAAUGAUACCAACAGCACAGGGUCUCCUACUAAACCAGGUAUUGCCGUCAACUGGACCCGUUAUUGUACAACAGCAACCAGGUGGGGUUCAACUUAUUCUAAGAACGCCAGCGAGCGCCCAACAACAAACACAUACUGCACAGCUGACACAACAGCAGUUGGUACGAGUUGUCACAGCACAAGGUAUGCAGUUACAAGGUAUUACUCCUACGUUUUUUGCCGUACCUAAUGGUUUUCCUCCAGCUGCCUCACCAGUAAUUAGACAUACUCCAUCUAGCCCUGCACCUUCUGCAAAUUCAGGGUCUGGCAAUUCUAUAGUGAUUCAAAACGCAAUGGUACAAAGCCCUCAACCACAGAUUUCACAAGUAGGUUCGGGUACCAAUACUGGUAAUACUCCAUGCACGCAAACUGUCGUUGAACAAACUUUAUUACCGCCACCGAAGAAAAAAGCGAAGAAAAAGAAAAAAGCGAAACGGAAAGACGAUGAACCACCGAAAUUAGAUCUUGCUAGUAUAAUGAAAAUAUCAGGAAUUGGAGAUGAUGACGAUAUUUUUGAUACUGAUCUCACAACUGAAUCAGAUGUUUCUUGUCAAGUUCAAGUUGAACCAAGUUCAGGACAAAAUAUAGGACAACUUUCAUCUCAAGUAACUAUACCUACCAGUUCUGCUCAGAAUCUGAUACAAGUACCUGCACCAAAUACAACGAAUACACAAACUUCGGUGUCUCAGACAUUGAAUAGUCAACUUGUUGCCCAACUUCAGAUGCCUGUGCAGAAUACAAUACAGGGCCAAUUGCGAUUUGCUCUUGGAGAGGAUGGAAGAGUUGUUCUACAUCGAACUCCCGAACCAAAUCAACCCGAAAUGGAUCAAGCAACUGCUCAAGCAUUAAUACGAUCAUUGACACAAGGCGGUGGACAAAAUUCACCGAUUAUUUCUCACCUUCUUGGGCAGGCGCAAACUACAACACAGUCCACACAAAGUACCGUAUUACAAAGACAGAAAUUCGUUAAAUCGCCUUUAUCUUCAUCCAGUGUUUCAACAGUUACUACUACUGUAAGUCCUACGGGCCUUCAAAGUGUUACUUGUGCUACUAGUCCGCAACAUGUGCAAGUAUGCUCAAAAUCAAGUAAUCAGCAAAAAAGUGUAAAUGUUCCUCAAGAAUCCAAUCCUGUGUUAAACGUUUGUGUCCAAAGUAAUCUUGGAUCGUUACAAACAUUAGACAUGCAAGCAUCGAAAAAUAUUAAUGUACAAAAUCUCAUACCAGCAUCAAAAACUAUUCAAUCACCUAAUUCUAACCUUGUGCAACCAAACAGUAAUGUUUUAACGACUUCUGAUGUUAUACCAACAAAACCUUCGUGUACCACAUUUAGUGUACAGAGUUCUCGAUUGUCUAAUACAAAUCAAGCAACUAGUAAUCAACAAAAUUCUAAUGUUUCUACACAAAAAUCUAGUCAAGUGCGACUUACAAAUGCUUGUGUAACUACUAAUGUGCGACAAAAUUUAAGUAAAAUAUCACAAAGUGGUGCUCAUGUACAAAAACCUUUGUCAAAUAGUUUAACUGUACAAAAUGAACACAACUUAACAAAAAAUAAUCAGAACCUUCAGCAGGGGAGUCAGCAGGAUUCUGUAACAUUGCAACAAGAAACACCAAUGUACCAGCAUAAUCAACAUCAACAAAUAACAGCGCAGUCUGUGCAAACGCAAAACGUCCAACAUGUUUUCGAACAAAAUCUUCAAACUUCUGGAUCAAAUGUUCAACAUAAUUCUGUAAACAUGUUGCAACAACAAAGUUCUUGCAAUACUAUGCAACACGAUACCAUGAAUGUGUUACAACAUUCUAGUAUACAACAAAAUAUUAAUGUUCUACAACAAAAUGCAGCUGGUAAUGUACAAAGCAUUGAACAAAAUCUACAGUCUGGUAUUAGUGAUAUGGCUCAUGCGCAACAGAAUGUUAUCACAAGUUUGCAACAACAAAAUACAUCUGCUAUUUUGCAUAACACGAGUGUACAACAACAGAAAGUUGUUGCGGCAAACUCGUUUUCUUCUGUUAAUGCGCAUCAUUUUGAGACUCAAAAUACGGCUAACGCCAUACAGCAAGGGUUAAAUACACAACAAAAUAGUCAGCAUCAAAAUAUCGUUAUUACGAAUGCCCCUCCUUCUAACACUAUUCAACAAAGUGAAUCUCAGAAAGUAGAAACCCAAAGUACAAUGCUUAAUUCGGCAGCAAAUAAUAUGUUAAAUAAUGCACCAAAAAUUACACCAGAAAUUUUAAAUGCAUUGAGUAAUUUGAAUCCAAAUGACCAACUGUUAAUUGCAAAUGCAAAUGGACAAAUGCAAGUAAUAAGUCAACAGCUGUUGCAACAGUUUUUAGCUGGACAAUUAAAUACAACUAAUCAGGUACAGAAUCAAAACCAAACUCAAAAAAUAGUGAUUGGUGAACCAGACGCGACCAAUCAGAAUUUACAAGGUGUACAAAUUAAUACUCCAACAAGUCAAAUAAUUGUAAAUAGUUCUGGUGGUGCUCCUACUAUUCAAAAUAAUAUACAAAAUAUUGUAGUGCAAGCUGCGCCUUCUCAAAUGCCACAACACAUACAGAUUCAAAAUCCCGGUUUUCCUAGUCAAUUUAUUGACAAUCUAAAUCAACAACAAAUCAGAAACUUAGGUACUAAUCAACCAAAGAAGGCAAAAAUUGUUAAAAGGACAAAAACUGUUGUUACUACUCAAAGUACUGGAAAUGCCCAGGUAACGAAAACUGUUACGGUUUCCCGCCCAACUAUGAUAUCAACGAAUACAACCAACCUUCAGAAGGUUGAUAAUUCUAGUAAAGCAAAUGCUGUGGUAUCUCAGAGUACAAAUCCAAUUAAAAGUGAAUCUACUCAAAUUGUCACAAACGGUCCUGUACUUCCAUCUUCUCCUGGAAGUCACAUGUCAGUUCCUUCAAAUGGUCAGAUGGUUCAAAGAGUACAGACCAUUCAACUUCCCGCUCAAAAACAACAAUUACUAAAAAGUAUACAGUCUCAAAUACAAGCUAUACUAGCUCGUAAAUCGAAUUCGCAAUCGGAUCAAACUGUUUUGACAAAAUUGUAUCAAGAACAAGCAAAAAUUUUAGCAAGUGGAAAGAUUGUCAGUACUACAACACAUUCCGUUAGUAGUAACUCGGAUGCAAAUUUCAAUGUAAACGCAGUUACGACAAUAGCAUCGAAUUUAAUUUCUCAAAAUUCUUACAAAAAUCAAACGUCGGCUGUACAGACUCAAACGCAAACAUCUACAACUGUAGUAACAUCACAGAAUUUGAAUCCAAGUACGCCGACAACUGUGCAAAAUAAUACAACUAGUAGCUAUAUAAACAAUCUUACAACAUCGCAAAAUGUGCAAGGACAACAAUGUGUACAGAAUAAUCAAAAUGUGCAUCAAGCGCACACAAAACAGCACAAAAUUUAUCAGAAUCAUGGAAACCAGAUAUUGAGUCCGUCCUCUGCCAAUAUGCAAAUUUUCUCACCGCCAAUUACCUCUGUAGCCACCUUGCAGGGCAACGCACAACAACUAACUCCAGUCCAAACACAACAAACAGGAAUGCAACAAUCAACACAAUGUCAAACAGAUCCAUUAGAUAUCAAACCAAACAUACAAAUGUCAAGUUCUGUAAAACAAGAACUUCCCUCACCUAUUCAAGUACAAGUUCAAACUGGCUCUCCUGCAGGUCAGGUAGCCUCACCUAGAAUGAUUGGCAAAGGAUCACAAAGGAUUCAAAGUCCUGUAAAUACCAGUGGCAGUUCGAACAAACAGAUUGUCAGUCCUGGCAGUAACUCAAGUCCUUUAGUAAGUCCAAGACAGGGUGUUAAAAGACCUGCAUCUAGCCCAAUUUGCAGACAAAUUAAUCGUAGUGACCGAUUAGAACAACAGUUAAAAAUUGAUCAAAACGGUGCGAUAAAUCCAGAUGUUAAUACACCAUUUUUAAGCAAACGUGAUGCUUGUAAACGUCUUGUAAGAUAUCAUUGUUUAAAUGAACAAGUACUUAGUUCGAAAGAUUUGGCAAAAGCUGAUGAGAUAUUUGAAGAAACAGCAAAACAUUUGUUAACAAAAUUCAACUCUAUGAUGAACAAGUACACGUACCUUCUUCUGAUGGAGAGCAUGAGAGAAGUGAGGACAUCAGAAUUGAUGAUGAUUGAUAGAACGUUUGUCGCAGAAGAACAAAGUAUAUUAAAUAGGUUACGAGAACAAGAGGCUAAGGUUAAUGAAGAAUUUAAAAAAGAAGAGAAGCCAUUGGUGCCAAAGGUUGAACCUGGUCUUUCAGAAGAGGAUAAAUUAUCAUCACCAUUAACUAAUGUAUCUGUGAAACGUGAAUUAGAGGAUGACUUCCCAAGCGACGAAAUGGAAUGUAAACCAGUGAUUAAGUCAGCAAGUUGUACUAGUGGUGAUUAUGACGAGUGGGUAGAAAUUCAAAAAGAACUUGGUGUAUAUCCAUCUACCACAGACUCGUUUAAAUGUAAAAAUAGUAAUAAUAGUGGUAGUAAUAGUGCGUGUGCUGUGGCUGUUACAAGGUCGUCAAAAACUGAAAGAACAAGAGCGAACGGUGAAUGUCGUGCGAAUGUACCAAGUGCGAGUGUUUCUGGAGUUCAAACCACAAUUGUAAAAGACAGUUGCGAACAAGAUAAUACUCCAGUUUUCGAAAGACGUUGGAGUAGCGCUACAGAUCUCGAACGGGAUUUGUUAGAAGAUACAGACAGCCUAGAUGGACUGGCCUUACAUUCUCAAACACAAUGUCCAGGCUCUCUUCAUAUAACUAAUGAAAGUGGAAAUGGUAAUGAACAUGAUGAUAUUACCGCACAGGUACAAUCUGCUAUUGAUAGCAUUCUUAAUCUUAAAAAACGUCCUACAAAUACAUUAUCUGGCAGUAGUGGUAACAGUGCAUCACAGUCCAGUGAAUCAAAGGACACAGUGCUUGACCAAGCAGUCCGCAGCAUUUUAGGCUCGUGACCCUCCUUUAAUAAAGUAUGUUAAACAAGUGAAGUUAAUGGUGAACAUCAAGCUAGUUGUUCGUUUUGAAAAUUUUAAAAGGACUAUACAUUCUUUUUGGUGAUUUUUGUGGUUAAUGUGAAUAAUAUAAAAAAACUAUGUUUGACAUUAAGAAUGCGACAUUGUUUUUGGUAAUGCAUAUCUAAAAUCACACAGAUUGUUGCUAAAUUAUUUGUACAAAUCAUGCAGUCCCUGAUUUCAUUUAUACAUAAAUUAAAACAGACUAACUGGAUUAUGCAAUUCUACGUAUUUUUCCAAAAAUUCAUCAAAAUUUGUUUCUGCAAUGGCAAUAACUAUUCAUAAUAUAAAAACAUGUAUACUUUCCAGUAGUCUAGCUGUAAUAAAGCCAUCGCGUUUACCUAAUU